AUGGAGGAGGAUGAGAUUCAAGCACAGGCGUGUAAGUUCCCUAGAGUUGGUAACGGAAGGAACGAGGACAUUGGAGAGUUGAGAAGAAGAGGCAGUGAUGGAGAGAGCACGAACAGGUUCCACAGCUGGCACCACUCUUCGAGGAUCAUUAGGGUGUCUCGAGCAUCUGGUGGGAAAGACAGGCACAGCAAGGUGAUGACUUCAAAAGGGUUGAGAGACAGAAGGGUUAGGCUUUCUGUGACCACGGCCAUUCAGUUCUAUGACCUUCAAGAUCGCUUGGGUUAUGACCAACCCAGCAAAGCCGUUGAGUGGCUUAUCAAAUCGGCUGCUGAUGCCAUUUCUGAGCUACCUUCUUUGAACACUUUCCCUGACACCCCCAAAAGCGAUGACCAGAGGGCAAGUGCUGAUGCUGCUGGGGUACAUGACGAAAAUGAGAAUGAGCACGGCAAUGGUACCUUUCAUCAGCAGAACGACAAAAACAACCAUAACCAGAGCCAGAACAUGUCUUUGUCCAAGUCUGCUUGUAGCAGCACUUCUGAGACAAGCAAGGGCUCUGGCUUGUCCCUCUCCAGGUCUGACAUCCGUGUGAAGGCCAGGGAGAGGGCAAGGGAGAGAACAGCCAAGGAGAAAGAAAAGGAAAAAGAGAAAGAAAACAAUGAGUCUCCUCACAAUGUUCCUCCUCCUCAUCAUCACAACCACCACAAUGUUAACCCCAUUUCACAAACCGCAUCUUUCACUGAGCUUCUCACCGGUGGGAUUCGCAAUGCGGUCCCCACAACGGCCAGUCCCAAAGGGUGUGAUGAGCCUAACAUGAUGUUCGAAAAAACUGGUAGACAGCAAUGGUGUUCAUCAGCUCCUAUGGACUACUUUCUGAGGCCUUCCUCUUCUAAAUCAAUCCACCAUCAUCAAUAUUCUUCUUCCACUGGAUUUUCAUUGGCACAAAUCCAACUGGGACAUUCCCUUCCGGAGGCCAUGAAUAAUAAUGUCUCAGCCGCAUUCAACGUUAGUGGUGAAAACCACCACCACUCAUCAGAUCCUCAGCUGCAGCAGCACUUCUCGUUCAUUCCGGAUCAUCACCUAAUGUCUGUGGUUACUUCUUCUUCCACUUCUCAUCAGCCCAGCGGGAACGACUACAAUCUCAACUUCACCAUGUCUUCGGGCCUCGCUGGUUACAAUAGGGGGACCCUUCAGUCCAAUUCUCCGUCUCUGCUGCCUCACCUGCAGAGGUUUUCGCCGCCUAUAGACGGAUCCACUGUACCCUUCUUCAUUGGAGCAGCUCCACCUGCUCCACCUGCUCCUGCCAUGGAGAACAGCAACAACAACCAUCACCACCAUCAGUUCUCUUCUGUUUUCGAUGGCAGCCGCUUGCAACUUUACUAUGCAGACGGAGGCCGCCAUUCUGACCAGAAGGGGAAAACUAAGAACUGA